AGAUACGGAACACGAACGGAUGGACCGUCGUGGUCGUGGUUGUCGUCGUCGUCGUUGUCGUCGAACGUCGCAGUCAACCGUCGAGUAGAGUCGCGCGUUCGCGUUCGUAUUAUCGUAUUUGCCGCCACCGGCGAUCGCUCCACGCGAAAAGUUUCCUGUCGAAUGUUCUUCGGCGCCUGGCAGGCACUGUUGUGUGAUUUAUGGAUAGUGAAUCGUAUGUGUGUGUGUGUGUGUGUGUGUGUGUGUGUGUGAGCGAAACACACACAAACAACAACAACAAGAAAAAAGGAGUGUGAAUACCGCGCGUGUCUGUGAAGUAAUGUGAGAGUGAAUGAAUUUGCAGGUUUCUGGUUGAUUUCAACGUUCUUUUUUUUCUCCAUUGUGCACGCAAAAGCCCCUCAUCAGUUCCCGGUUGUGUCGGUGUGUAUUAAUGUUGGGAAUUUUGUGCGGAGUUACGUUUCGAGUUACCAGCAGUAUCACACAGUGCCGCACAGUGUAUGAGUCUCUGUCUGGGCGUGUGUCGCUGUGCGAUUGCUCUGCUCAGUGAAGCGGCCGUUUAAGUUGGAUGACACUGCAGAAGGAUAUAUGGCUUGGUUGGUUUGACAAGCGCCCGCGAGCAAGCAAGACACGGCUCAGCGCUCUUAUCGACGUUUAUCGGCGCUUCCGGCUGCUGGCGGUGUUGUCAGGCAGGACCUCACCGAAGAGUGUUUGCCAACAGGAGGAUUUCGAAUCCAAGCUAUCCAACCAAACGCACUGAAUGCAGAGAACCCCGGAUUGAUGUGCUGAUUAGUGCUGACAUCGUAUUUGGUGACAGUAGACCGACAGUAGCCGGUGGGGUUAACCCCCGGGGGGCUUCUGGUACGAGUGACACCGACCUCAGCAACGACCGAACUACUCCUCAAGCACGGUACGGUUGAUGCAACACAGGACAUCAGGUGCUCAGCCAUCGUUAGCUACAAUUUGUGGCCACCCAAGCCUCUCGCCAACAUUCAAUUUACCCACCAGCGCACCUGACGUACCUCCCGUGUUCGUUAUUGCUUGAUCCACUCGUCAGCGCGCGUGUGUGUCAGUGUGGGACUAUUGCUGAGAUCACAGCACAAGACGCCAAGCGAACGGAAAUCCUAUCUCCUUUCGCUUUUGGGGACACGGAUAACGAUCAUCGUACAGAGUAAUUCAAUCAGAAAGCAUUCUAUCUAACAUCCCUCCUCUGAGAGGAACGGGCCACUGUUGCAGGAAGUGUCUGUUACAUUGAAGUCGACAUCGUCACCAGGAUAGAAGCCAGUGGUAUUCGUGGUGGUGGUCACAGUGUCACUAGUGCCUGGCGACACUUACGCCUUAGCAGCCGAGAGGGUGCUUGGCACGUGCGUGUAAGUGACUCUUGCCAAAGCCACUUGACAGUUGUGUCGAGGGUGCUCCUCCGGUGAGAACGUCUAGGAGUUCUCCUCCGGUGAGAACGCGUGAAGUGCAGGUGCACAAGCUGUCUCACUAAACGAAUCCCCGAUCGAUCCCAGGCCGGUCAGUUACCAGGGACGACCAAGGAAGGAAAUUGAAUUUCGUGUGUCCCAGAGCCAGGCCACGCAUCUCGGAAAGCCCAAGUCCGGGGGGCAGGGGGCAGGGGGAGUGGAUCAACGGUAGCUAGCCGGUCAGAGAGGCCGUUUGAGGAUGUGUUCGGGCAGCCACCAUUCGAUGGUUGCCCCUAACGACGAGAACAGCAAUACCAACAGCAGAAAGAAGAAGCCAAGGCCUGCUUGCAAACUGCGACGUCCCGUCUGAGGACCGCUGGAGCCCGCUGCCAACGCGUCAACACGCCGCCUUCUGGUAGCGGCUUCCGGUCGGUAUCGCCGCACCAUCAACAGGAACACGAGCGUCAGGUCGCGGACUGGUGGUGGUGGUGGUGGUGAGGCCCGAGGGCAGUGGGUCCGGUAUGGCGGUCACCGUUUGAUCCAGCAGGAGCCCCUCGGUGACGCCUUCCAACUAUUGCAGCAACAGCAGGUGCACCUCCGGCCGGAUCGUUGGCACGAUCCGGGGGUAUCCGGUCGGCAAGGUGCAUGUAUGGAUUCGGUGACCACCAUCGCGUCUGCAGUCCGCCGCAAUCGCACCGCACCGCUCGUAACCCUCGCCGUGGCCACAACACUGUCCAGUUUGCUGCUAGUCACUGCCGCUGCCGCUGCAACCGCCACCAACACCAACCACGUCGUCGUCACGUCCACGAUAGCGGAUGGUGGAGUGGCCACCACCGGUGCGGCCACCAUCGCUGGCGGCGACCACCAUCACCACCUCACUGCCACGACGAUCCAGCUACCGUGCGAUCCGGCGUACGGUGGCUGUUCGAACCUGAGCUCUCUAGCGUACCUGGAGGCGAAUGUCACGUCGGCGUCCCUGUGGCCGGACGAUGGCUUAGUGCCGGUCGAUAUCGACGACGUUCCGGGCACGCACACCACCACCACCACCAUCAGCACGUCGACGAUCGUCGUCAGUAUCGUACUGUUGGCCGUCAUCGUCGGUACCGUGAUCGGCAACAUUCUGGUGUGCGUGGCCGUCUGUCUGGUGCGCAAGUUACGACGACCGUGCAACUACCUGCUCGUCUCGCUGGCCGUUUCCGAUCUGUGUGUGGCGCUACUCGUCAUGCCACCUGCCCUGCUCUACGAGGUGCUCGAAGAAUGGCGCUUCGGGGAAGUGUUCUGUGACAUCUGGGUAUCGUUCGAUGUGCUCUCGUGUACCGCCUCCAUUCUCAAUCUGUGCGCCAUCUCGGUUGACCGGUACUGGGCCAUCACGAAACCGCUCGAGUACGGUGUCAAGCGGACACCGCGCCGUAUGAUCGCCUGCAUCGCGUUGGUGUGGUUGGCGGCGGCCUGCAUUUCCCUUCCACCGCUGCUCAUCCUCGGCAAUGAACAUCGGGUGAAUGGGCAGCCGGCCUGCUCGGUGUGCCAGAACUUCUUCUACCAGAUCUACGCCACGGUGGGUGCUUUCUACAUCCCGCUCGCCGUCAUGCUGUUCGUGUACUGCCAGAUUUUCCGGGCGGCCCGUCGCAUCGUGAUGGAGGAGAAGCGGGCACAGAAGCGGCUCGAGAGUGCCAUCAACGGUGCGACGGUGACGAACGUCCAGGAAAAGAAGCUACCACUCCCACUGACAACCACCACCGCCACCGCCGCCAACGCGGCCAACCACGGUUCCGGACCGAUCGAUGGUCCGCUUACCGGUAAACUGCUCACGACGAGCGCCACGAAGGGAACGGGGGCAACCGCAACACCCAGCUCGCCGCAGCACAAGCGGUUACGCUUUCAGCUCGCCAAGGAACGGAAAGCAUCGACGACGCUCGGUAUCAUCAUGUCCGCGUUCACCGUCUGCUGGUUACCGUUCUUCAUUCUGGCGCUCGUGCGGCCUUUCAUGAAGGAUGACCACCGAAUGCUGUCGUCGUUCUUCCUGUGGCUCGGUUACGCCAACUCGCUGCUCAACCCGAUCAUCUACGCCACGCUCAACCGGGACUUCCGGAAACCGUUCCAGGAGAUCCUGUACUUCCGGUGCUCCAGCCUCAACCACAUGAUGCGGGAGGACUUCUACCACAGCCAGUACGGUGAUCCGGGGUCGCAGCGUCUCGUCAUUACGCACGAUGCCGCCGCACGGGAAAGCUUUCUGUGAAGGCUGCUGCGUGCCGUGCGCCCCCUUUUUCUCGUGCUUUCCGGUGCUUUCAAGAUGGUCUCAUUGGUGUAUUGGAGUUGGCGUCGUUGUCGCCGCCAGGCCGUUUGCCGCAGUUAAACAAUCAAUCAACCCGAAUGGACACAUGGACGGAAGUGAGCGUGUGAGGAGUGGUAGGAUUAAAUUGAGGAUGCGUUUUGUACAUAGACAACCCUAGGAUACCCGUGUAGCUUGAUCGUUGACCAGCUUCGUUCGUACUCCCUCUGCCUGUUUCCCCCACACUCCCUCCAACCUUCGAAUUGUUAUCGGUCCGGAGGAUACGAACUCGAUACUCGAUGUUUGUUGUUGUCGGUCACCAAAGCCCACCCAACACCACUAACAGCAACCCCUCAGCACAGCAUCAGUAUAUCAGUGCAAUUGGUAACCAUGGCCAUGGUGGUCGUGGUCGUGGCCUACUACUAUUACUAUUAUUACUACUACUACUACUAGUACUACUCGUGGCGGUGUUCGGUGUUUGAUGAAUUCGAUCCCUAGGAUCGUGGUUCGCUCGAUGUGUAUGAUGUGUGUACGUAUGUAUGUAUGUAUGUAUGUGUGUGCGUGGGUGUAUGUAUGUGUUUGGUAUGUGUCAUGUGUACUGUGUGUGUUUGUGUGCAUGUUCGUGUGUUUGUUCUGUGGGAAGAACCAAGGAGAAGGAUCGGUGACACCGAGCGCCCCUAGCAGGCCUUAGCGUCGCUCAACUCGUGGCGCGUGGCCAGCUCGUACUUCCGGGAACCAUUAGUUCCUGCGGCGGUAACGAAAAUGCGGAAAAGGCAGAUAAACCAGUAUUACAACUAUGAGCACGCCGUUCUGCACUAACGUUCUGCGGCCGCCAUUCCGGAUUCUCAGCAAAGUUGAGCUUGAAGCAACAGAGCACUGCAGCAUUGGACCUUGGUUCGUUAUCGAAGGCUGCAAAUGUUGCUUUUUUUUUGGCAAAGGCCACCAGUAUUGCUUUCUUCUUGUGACUUUAGUUUCAUCACGCUGGCUCUUUGGACGCAGGGAUGGUAAAGGGCAUGCCAAUACGGCGGCGACCGUGGCGCCAUCGUGCCAAUCGGUUGCGAUCCGUUACAUCCAUGCUUCGUGGGUCAAGUUCAUUCAGCAUGUUGCCAGAUAAGUUUUUUCUCGGGAAUUCGGAGUUUUUCGGAGCAUGACCUCUCCCUCUCUCUCUUUCUCUAUUCGUACUGCUUAUCGUGCCGUUUGUAUGCCUCAAUAGAAACCAAUCGUAGGCAGUUCAGUGACGAACGAGCAGAAGAAGGGGUCAAAACCACACGAUAGACGAUUGGCCAACACAGACCGAGUUGCAAGAAGAUAACAGGAAAAAGCAAGUAAAAAAGCAAUGUGUCAAACUUGCGAAAGCACGAUGACAGCGGCAGGAAGUGAAACUAGAGCGAAGCUCAGGAGGAGUAGAGAAUGGAACAACAGAAGAAGAAAAAAAACAGUGGAUCGAUUUCAAAGCUCCCAGAGCACAAACACGAGCACAAACAGGGCCGUAGGUGACUAGGAAAAGUUAGCGUGAAGUGCGAUAAAUAUACGAUAAAUCAGGAUGCAGAAUGAUAAGGCGAAGUGAGAAAACACAACCAACUGAAGGCCAGUGGACGUAAACCAAAAUGUAAGAUAAAAUCUACUCAGUUUAGUUAGUUCCAAUAGUUAUAAAUAUAUAUAUAGCAAACUAUAUAUAUAAACUAUAUUUUCCCCCUGUGUAGUGGAAAUACCUGAACAAAGCAGAAGGGCGGAGAUUGGUGGACAGAAAUAAAUCUA